UCAAAAUAAACGAGCUGAGAAGCAGGCCAACCUGUCGUAGUAGUAUUAAGUUUGUGCCAAAUUAUAACCCAUUACUUAUCAGCAUACCUUUCAUAUCAGGUUGGGCUAAGCCUGCUUUGGCAGGUUCAUGCCAAUCCAGAACAUUUGGGGAAUUAAGACUCCCACUGGAGCUUUGCCUACACAAAUCGGGAGCUUAAUACACUUGAGGUAUCUGGGAAUUCGGGCUUCUAAUAUCACAGAACUCCCUGCAUCAAUUGGUAAAUUAAGAAAUUUACUGACUUUGGACUACAGGAAUAUUGACUACUCUAAUACAACUGUCAAAAUUCCUAAUGUCUUUUGCAAGCUUAAGCUACUGAGGCAUCUAUUUUUGCCAAUUGAUUGCCCUUGGACUCUUGAAAAACUACAGUUGAGUGCUCUAAAAAACUUGCAAAUACUCUGGGGUGUUAAAUGUGGAGGGAGUGAUUGGUUUUCACAAGAGAUGCUAAGACUAAGCCCAACUUUAAGUAAGUUGAAGGUGGUUGUGUCAACCGAAAAUAAUUUGGAAGCUGUCUUUGAUUGCCCAAGCCUUGUGUCUGAUCGGCUUCAUAAAUUCCACUGUAAAUGGAACUUUGGUGUGGCCUUAAAACAUGUAAAUCACGCUCUCUCUCAGAAUCAACACCUAGAUGAACUGGUAUUGGUUGGAAAAAUUAAGGUAGAGAAGCUGUCUCUGUUAUUGCCACCUAAUCUUUUAAUACUGGAAUUGAAGAAUAGUGCUCUAAAGAAUGAGGAUGUUAUGGUAGUUGCUGGAGCAUUAGCCCACCUAAAGCUUCUAAGAUUGUCAAACUCUUACACGGGAACAACAUUCACUUGCAACCGUGGUUCCUUUCCUCAGCUUGAAGAACUCUACCUUGGAGACCUUCAGAACUUGGACACGUGGGAGAUAGAGAAGGGGGCGAUGCCUAGGCUUAAGAAGCUUGAGAUCUUAAAAUGUCAGAUGCUACAACAGUUUCCUCAAGGUUUGGUGUAUGUCACCACCCUCCAACAACUUGAAUUUUUUGGACUGCCCAAACAAUUUGGCGAACAAGCUAGGAUGUAUGGAUGGUCGCAGCAAAGGCUUAGGCUGCCUCAUAAUGUUGAAGCCAUCAUUGAGCAGUCUGACACUCAAGUUGACAUGUCUUCCAUUCACAAGAUCUAUGAGCAGCUCACUGCUGGGAUCUUUCUGAAAAACAAAAUGAAGAAGUUCUGGAUUGUGAAGCAAGGGGACUGCCCAUAUAAUUGCUUCAUGGUGUAUGUGGCAGGCCUCGCCUUAACAACAAACGUGGAUUGUGAUGGUUUGCCAGAGUGGGAUGAUAUAAUAGAUAAUUGCGAAUGUACUGAAACUAAAGACAGAGAUGGUGCAUUAAUCAAAGUGGUGAAACUAAAAUCUUCAGAAUCUGAGCUUCAUGUGCGUGGAAUAAUCGGAAUCGAUGAUCUAUCUCCAAAUGUAACAUAUACAUUCACUUAUGUGGCCAUGCUAGAAAAGGUGGUUGCCCGUUCUCUACUACUUCCUGAUGUCAAAUUUCAAAAGCACAAGCAAAACUUGAAUGACAAAGAGAAGAUCUCUGUCCGUUCUCUACUAUUCCUUCCUAAUGUUAAAUUUCAGGAGCACGAGCAAAACUUGAAUGACAAACCAAGAAAUAAAUGGUUUAAAGUCCCUAUAGGCGAGUUCAAGACACACCCUAAAGGCUCUAUUGGAGAGGCAGAAUUUUCAUUGCAUUGCCGAUGCCACACAAAAGAAGUUGGAUUCGCGAUCAAAGGUUUCAUGAUUGAGCCUAAACUUCAAUCCUUUACCUAGUUGAAGACCUGGUUUACCUAGCAGCCAAGUGCAGCGAUGUGAUGAUGGUGGAUCGCGCAUCUUGGGGGAGAUUUGAGGAUGGUGGAAGCCAAACAUUAUUAAAUUAGAAACUUCCUAGAAAAGAGUUCUGCCAUAGCUCAACCAUGAUUUUAUUUGUGCUGUCAAAACUUCACAACUGAAAAUACUGUAGAUCUGUUACAAGCUGAAAUAAUACAGCAGUAUCAACGGAAUCUAAAUGUAUCUGUACAAGAUUAUUUAGUUUCAUAAGCAAAUUUGUUUUCCCCCUACUGCUCUAGAAAUGGUGCAUUGCUUUUGAACCAGUACCUUAUUGUAAACCUUUUAUUUUUUAAUCAUAUAAUGAAACAACAAUAAUAUUCCUUGGCUUUCUCAUACAUACAAGUAUGGACUUAUCUCUGUCAUUCUUUUAAAACCCUGAAUUCUCCUCAUUGAUAUGUUUGCUUUUUUUUUUUUUUUUAGUGUGUUCAAAUUACCAAGUUGAUGGUGAUAUACUUUGCAUCUACAAAGCGCACUUCAGUGUCGAAGGGAGGAAUGUGUUUGACGUCGUUGGCUCAUUUG